UAAUCCUAGUAGUUUACAAAGGAUAUAAUAAUUUUAUGGAUAGUUGGUUCUUUGCAGCACCAGUUUUCAUGAUCGUAAUAGGUGCUGUAGUAUUUAUUGUAUCAUUCUUUGGAUGCUGUGGAGCUGUGAAAGAGAAUCAUUGCAUGAUAAUAACGUUUUCAGUAUUACUACUCCUAAUCUUUGUACUGGAGCUCGUUGCCGGUAUUUCCGGAUAUUUGAUGCAGAGUGAAGUUCGGCAAAUGGUAGAAAAUAGAAUGACCAGUACUAUGAAGGAAUAUCAAACUGAAGCAAGCACUCGCAAGUCAUGGGAUAUUGUACAUCACGAUCUCCAAUGUUGUGGAAAGAAUGGUCCUCUGGAUUGGGCUGAAGUUGGUUUCUCAGACAAUACUUUACCAAAUUCCUGCUGUAGGGAAGUACCAAAAGGAAGCAAAUGUGACAUAAAUUCAAUUUACAUAUAUGAAGGUGGAUGUAUGCACAGUCUCCAAAAUGCUAUUGAGCAUAAUGCAUUAAUUUUGGGUGGUGUAGGCAUUGGCAUUGCUAUUAUUCAGUUGGUUGGAGUAAUCUUCGCAUGUUGUUUGGCACGUUCAAUACGUCGCGAAUACGAAACUGUCGAGACCGCAGCGCACUGAUCUGACACCAAUUAGGAGGUAUUAUAACUCUAAGUAUUGUUCGUCGUGAAUUCAUUCAAAGAAUAAUUCUAGAGUCGUCGCAAAACCAUUUACUUAGAACCUUGGCUGCAGAAUAACGAACAUUUAUCUGCGCAGUCUAGAUUAAGAAGAAAGCAAAUCAUUGGAGAAUCUAAUUCAAAUUACUGCCAUUAUAUGCCAAAUGGUUGAAACCAAACUUCUUCUUAGAUUGUGUUUUACGUGGAGCUUAUUACCAUACAAGAAUAUUUCAAAGGAAAUUGGAUAAUUAUAGAUUUGGUUUUAGACGUCUGUCGCAGUCUAAAAGGCUCUUUCAGUGCCUCGAUUUGUCGCAAAGAAAAACACUUUAUGCAUCCUCACUCUAUAGAACAUUUUAUAUUCAUAUAGUCAGUCAUAGAUGUAUGAAAUAUAUUUUCAUCGUGCACAGCAGAGCUGGAUAAGUAUAUCAUCCUAAUAUACAUAUAUAUUUCGAUUUAAACAAUAAUUCAUUUUCGAUAUUCUUUUUACUUUAAUCAUUAAUACUAAUAAUUAACGGAAAUACUUUAUCUUAUUAACAACCAUUACCAUUUAAUAUAAUAUGUAUACCUCAUUGUUCUCACAUUUUCACAUAUCCUCAGUAUUCUAUACCAUUUUGUUGAUCUCUUCUAAAGUUGAAAAAUCAUAAAUGAAAUAUACUUUCUAGGCGAUAUGAGUUUAUCUAUAAAUAAAGUCAUACAUAAUAGAUGAACAUAAUAAGUUGCAUAACUGAAUAUUAAACACAUACGUAUACAUGAAAUGCUGCAAUGCAAACACAUUAGUCUUGAAUAGUUCAAAAUUUAUUUGUACUUAUUUCCAUAAAUAUCAGAAAUGUUUUUUACUAGCCCUAGAAAUUGAAACAUUACCAUAGAUAUUAUUUAGAGAAUAGCCUAUACCAUAUACAAUAGCCAAACAAAUGUUUGUAAAUUCGUUGCACAUAGCACACAAUAUGUUAAAUGUAUAUUGUUGAAACAAUUUUAUACAUUAUAAUUGUAAGUACUAAACAAUGCUUUGUAUAUGACUUUAAUUUAAAAUUGACAACCAAAAAUUAGCUUCAUCAUUUUCAAAAUAAUAACGUGUCGAGAUAUUGCGAAGUCUGGAUUCAAAUAUUUUUUUCUUGUAAAAUCAUUCUACGUUGAGACCAGAAUUGUUUCAGUUUUUACAAGCAAAUACAUUUAAAACAAAAUUCAUUAAACAGUCGGCUGGCACGAAAGAACCAAUAUUUCGCGACAACAGAUUUUUGUCAUUCUUUUAUGCGAAACUACUAACCGAAGUAGAAAAUAAAAAUAUGAGCUCAUGGCAUUGCGUCGAUUUGAAGAAUUUUAUUAUAAUCAUUGCAAUUGUAAUUGCAGUCCGUUAAUUACAACUUUGAAAUCUCGCAUAUUUUGGUACAGUAAAUUAAUUACAACGAGAUAGUAGUUUAACUAAUUCCGGAAAUAUACACAAUUCGAAUGUAAUCGUUAUUUUUAAUGAAAAUAAUGAUUACUCUUUUUGCUGGCCAUGAUAGUGUAAUGUAUUACAAAUCAUUAGAAAUAAUUGAACUCUUAUUUUAUUAUUAAUUUUCAAUAUUUUAAAACAUUUAGCUUACACGUCUCACAAAACUAGGUAAUA